AUGUCAUUGGUAGGUACCCAACACCCAGAAAGCUCUAACAGCCAGGUUCUCAGAUUCAGAUCCAAAGACGGGUUGUUUCGUCUCAACACCAGCCAGGGUGCCACCUUUGGCUCGGUGCUCGACCAAUUGGCCUCAAAGUUGCCCCCAUUCAAACCAGAAUCACUCAGAUUGGCUUCCAGCCCCAGUGAUCAGGGACAGCUGGCUAUGGCUGUCAAGGACCAGUCAGUCCAGGGACUGAAUCUCAAGCACGGCGAUAUGCUCUAUCUGACUUACGAGCCAGCCGAGGCUGGUGACUCAGUCAGCAUCAGCGAAGUCAAGGAAACUUACACGGUCAAACAGCUGCCCAUCGAUGAUAUCUAUGACAAAGAGGAAGGACUCAUUCCAAGGAAAAGGACCUCACUUUGCAAGCACACAGAUAAGGGAAUGUGUGAGUAUUGUUCGCCAUUGCCUCCGUGGGACAAGGGAUACCAGCAGGAACAUAACAUCAAACACAUUUCAUUUCAUGCCCAUAUUAAUGAGCUGAACUCCCUGACAAACAGAAAAGAGUCAGGAUCGUCGUACAUCGCGCCACUUUCAGAGUCCAAUUUCAAGAUCAACAAGAAUUGUCCCGCUGGCCACGAUCCUUGGCCAAAAGGAAUCUGCUCCAAAUGCCAACCUUCUGCGGUCACGCUACAGAGACAAAACUUCAGAAUGGUGGACCAUGUGGAAUUUCAAGAUAGCGAAAUCAUCAACGAGUUUAUCAACGCCUGGAGAUUGUCCGGAACCCAAAGGAUUGGGCUGAUGCUCGGCUCAUAUGACAAGUACGAGAAAGUGCCUUUGGGAAUCAAAGCAAAGGUCGAGGCCAUAUACGAGCUUCCUCAGGUCGACCAAGAGGAUGGCAUUAUACUACAAAACUGGGAAGAAGAGCAGCAGAUACUGACACUUAUCAGGAAACUAGAUCUGCAGCCGGUCGGCAUAAUAUUCACAGAUCUGCUGGACGCCGGAAGCGGAAACGGAUCCGUGAUUUGCAAAAGACACAAAGACUCGUUUUUCCUCUCUUCUUUGGAGGCGAUAUUCGCUAUCAAGUGGCAGCUCAAGUUCCCCAACAUAUGUAAAUGGUCGGACUCGGGAGUCUUCUCGUCCAAGUUCGUCACGUGCGUGAUCUCUGGAAACACCAGUGGCGAGAUCGACAUAGAGGCAUAUCAGAUCUCCGAGAGUGGAGAAGGCCUUGUCAAGGCUGAUUUGAUUAGUCCUUCCACACACCCAAACGAGGUGUACAUCAACGAGCAGAACGACGAGAGAUAUGUUCCCGAGAUUUUUUACCAGAAAGUCAACGAGUACGGGAUACAAGUCAAGCAACAUGCGACUCCUAGCUUCCCUGUUGAAUACUUGCUGGUUUCGCUGACUCACGGAUUCCCUGAACGGUCGUCGCCAUAUUUCAAAGCCGGUGCUACAAACAAGUUCCCUAUCGAGAACAGGGCCUAUAUUGGAGAGUCUGCCUCAAUGCCUGACCUGAAGAACUAUCUGAGCUCCAUCAAUGGGGAUGACAUAAGCGUUCUGGCCACUCUUCUGAGCAACUUCCAUCUGCUGGUGUAUUUUACACUAAACCAGGACAUCUUGAGCGGCCAUGAGUACGAGCUGCUGGUCGAAAUUGCACGGAAACUCGGCAAGGGCGAGGAGGUGCUGCCCGACUGCUACAAGCUGGUUGACAGCGACGGGUGGAGGACUCUCCAGACGAUCUUGCAAGUUGGCUACUAG